CUUUCUCAUUCUCUCUCUAGGGUUGCGGCCGCACCAAACCCCCACCCCCCCCCCAACUCCGGCGACCGGCGGCCGGCGGCGCACGCCCAUAACCCUCCCAUGCCGCCUCACCGGUGACCACCUACCCGCCCUUCCCAAGAUCCCCCUUCGAUUCAUCUGAUUAGCGCGAGCAGCGAGGUUCGGCGCGGCGGGAUGGGGACGGAGGCGGAGGCGGCGGAGGUGGUGGAGUCGGUGAGCGACCUCGCCGUGCAGGACCCUCCCGGGGAGGAGUUCUCCGCGGCGGACCUCCGGUGGGUCAAGUACGCGAGCUCCGAGCACCAGCGGGACGACGUGGCGCUCAUCCCCUACGAGCGGAUGGACGCCUUCAUCGCCGGCGAAUGCAGCAACCCGGAGUGCCCCACGCGCUUCCACAUCGAGCGCGGCCGCAAGCGCGACCGCGGCACCCUCCGGGAGGUCAGGAGCGACGACUACCUUCUCUACAGGAUGUACUGGUGCUCGUUCGGCCCGGAGAAUUACGGCGAGGGAGGGACGAUCUUGCCGAGCAGGAAGUAUAGGCUCAACACGAGGAAUCGUGCCGCUCGUCCGCAGUCGAUGCGUGGCUGCACCUGCCACUUUGCCAUCAAGCGGCUAUAUGCCCGCCCGUCCCUGGUGCUCAUUAUCUACCAUGAGAGGCGGCAUAUCAACAAGUCUGGUUUCAUAUGCCAUGGUCCCUUGGACCGGGACGCCAUUGGGCCGGGUGCCAGGAGGGUGCCGUAUGUGGGGAGCGAGAUCCAGCAGCAGACCAUGUCGCUGAUUUACCUUGGUGUGCCGGAGGAGAACAUCCUGCAGACACAUAUGGAAGGGAUACAUCGUUACUGCGGCUCGGACGCGAAGGUUGAUAGCCUCGCUUCACAGUAUGUCCAGAAGCUUGGGAUGAUCAUCAAGAGGUCUACGCAUGAGCUGGAUCUUGAUGACCAGGCUAGCAUCAGAAUGUGGGUUGAUAGGAACAAGAAGUCUGUGUUCUACUACCAGGAUUCGACGGAUACAGAUGCAUUUGUUCUAGGGAUCCAGACAGAGUGGCAACUGCAGCAGAUGAUUCGCUUUGGUCAUCAGGAUCUUUUGGCUUCUCAUUCCUCGUUUGGUGUUAGCAAGCUGAAGUAUCCAUUGCACACACUCCUUGUCUUUGACUCAAGACAACAUGCUCUACCUGUUGCGUGGAUUAUAACCCGAUCAGUUACCAAGCAAGACACUUUGAGAUGGAUGAAAGCACUUACUGAGAGAAUAUAUUCUGUUGAUUCCACCUGGAGAAUCGGUGGAUUUGUAAUUGAUGACCCAGCUUCAGAGCUGGAUCCAAUCAGGGAUGUAUUCUCUUGCCCAAUUUUGUUUUCUUUAUGGCACAUUAGGAGAACCUGGCUUAAAAAUAUAAUCAAGAAAUGCAGCAACAGUGAGGUACAGCGGGAAAUGUUUAUGCAACUAGGAAAAGUUAUGUACAGUAUCUGGAGUGAGAAAAAUCCCAUGGAUGCUCUUGAGCAAUUAUUUCAAGACUUCGUUGACCAAACCACCUUCAUACAAUAUUUCAAGUCCUUUUGGGUUCCCAAAUUGGAGAUGUGGAUUGACACCAUCAGAAGUCUUCCACUAGCAAGUCAGGAAUCAUCAGGCACUAUUGAAGGUUACCAUCUAAAGCUCAAGGUUAAAGCAUAUGAUGACUCACAGCUUGAUGCUCUCCAGCGUGUGGACUGGUUGGUGCAUAAGCUCACAACAGAGCUCCAUUCGAGUUACUGGCUCAAUCUGUAUGCGGAUGAAAGCGGUUCAUUUCCUGAGGUGAAAGCAGAGUACAUUGCGUCCACUUCAUGGCAUAGAGCGCUGCAGAUACCUGACGAUGCUGUUAUAUUUGAUGACAAGGAACCAUUUUCAGCAAAGGUGACAAGCCAGAAGGAUACUAGUCAGAUGUGGACUGUCUGGAAUCCUGGGUCUGAGUUUUCUCUUUGUGAUUGUUCGUGGUCAAUGCAGGGCAACCUAUGUAAGCACAUCAUAAAGGUUAACAUGAUGUGUGGACCACGCAAGGAUUUCCAGCCCUCGCUCUCAUUUCAAUCGUUUCAGCGUGUCCUACUUGAUCUGUGGCAAAAACCCAUGGAUGAUUCAUUCUCACUCGAUCUGUCAGUAGCAUGGGUUAUGCAAAUGCAGGAGAGGAUCCAGAAGGUGACUGAGCUUGCUACCGCUGACGGCAUUGCGGAAGUAUCUAACAGAUUGCCGAUUCAAUGGACAAACAAGAAAGGGAGGAAAGUAGCUGCAAAGCGCACCAGCCCUUUACGUGUUCUUCCUCACUCCAAUGGUAUUGUGCAAAAGGAUUUCACACCCAAGAAGAACAGAAAGAGAAAGAGGUUGUCAACAGUCUCGGGUUAACAGUACUCCAAUUGUUCUUGUCCAGAGAGUUAUUUUUCUCUCUGUGUAAUUAGAUGGCUAACCGUCUUUUGUUUGUUUUCUGUCUCAACUAGUUACUUUUGGUAUAGGCAUUGGUUACUAGGAUGAUCACCUCACGUUUCUGAAACCAAUUCUUCUGUUGUUUAGUUGGAUAUAAUUAUUCAGGCAGCAUAAGAAAUACAUCGAAUCAGUCUCUCUGGUCGAUCGUGGCAUUAUGAU